AUGGGACGCAUCUUACAAACACAUCCCAAGGCCGUACAAGCACACAAAGAUAUCGUGUUGCGAUGUCUGGACGACAGGGAUGAAAGCAUUCGAUUAAGAGCGUUGGAUUUACUUUAUGGGAUGGUUUCCAAAAGAAAUAUCAUGGAAAUAGUGCGUAAACUGAUGGAUCAUGUCGAUGCAGCCGAGGGUUCCUAUUAUCGUGAUGAGCUUCUAUCAAGAAUAAUCUCGAUUUGUAGCACCAUUUUGCAACAUAUGAUUGAAGUUGUAUUUGUUUUCAGAGCGUUGGAUUUACUUUAUGGGAUGGUUUCCAAAAGAAAUAUCAUGGAAAUUGUACGUAAACUGAUGGAUCAUGUCGAUGCAGCUGAGGGCUCCUACUAUCGUGAUGAGCUUCUGUCGAGAAUAAUCUCGAUUUGCUCCUACAACAAUUAUCAGUAUAUCACCAAUUUUGAAUGGUACUUGUUAAGCAUUGCAGUUAGUACAUCCAUUUUUUAUAGGAAUGAUUAGUAUAUCUCAGUGCUGGUUGAAUUGACGAAAGUUGAAGGCACGAAGCAUGGUUCGAUGAUUGCUGGACAG